GCAUUCAGUCAGUUGCCGACGCUCAAGGCACAAGGACAUUCGCUGCGCUUGCCAGGACUCGCUGGCUGAGAUAGUAAAACCAAAACAAAUCGCUUUGGCGCGAAACGGUAGCCGCAAGGCGAAGGCAGCCCCCACAAGCCAAAUCAAAUCAUAUCGAAUUAUAUCGAAUCAUAUCGAAUCAAACUAAAGCAGAAACGGAAACGGAAACAGUGAUUUAAACAGUGAUUAUAGCCAACGUGGCCAUGUCCCGACGCAAACAGGCCAAGCCGCGCGCCUGUCUCAAACUUGGCGAGAAGGAGGAUGAGGAGAACACCGGACUGCUGGAGCCCAAGGAGGAGCUGCUCAGUGGCGACGAGGACAACGAGGAUAAUGAGGACGAGGACGAGGAGCUGCCCGAUGAGGUGGAGGCGCCCGAGGGAAGAGGGGGUGCCGAGCGGCCCCAGCUCGAGCCCAAUGAAUCACAGCAACAAAGCUGGCCAACAGCUGAUGAGCCAGCGGUCCCAGCUGCAGUGGCAAAAGAAGAAGGAGCAGAGGAGGAGCAGGAGGAGAGAUCAGAAGAACUACAACACCCACGGGAUGAGGUAGUUGCAUCUGAUGCUGCUGCCAAUGCCAACGGACACUGCAAGUCCUCUGGCCACGAAGAAGAUGCGGUGGAUGCGGAUGAGCCGGAGGAUCUAGAACUGGACGACGAGCUACUCAGUCUCAGCGGAGACGAGGACUACGACGAUGAGGAGUUGCAGAGCCUGGACAGCUUUUACUCAGAUAUGUACAGUACCCACACAUCGUCCAGUUAUUCGCCUAGCAUUUCGGACGGCACCAUGACGCCCAAUUCACACCACUUGCCCGGAGCUCCAAUCGCCGCCGGUCAGGAGGAUCAUCCAACGGAGGGCAAGAUCAAUGGAGGUGCUGAUGGCGAGGAUCUGCCGAAGCCGAAACGUUUGCCACACUUCCAUCACCACCACCACCAUCAUUACCACCAUCAACAGGCGCUGAAAAUAGCCAACAAGCUGCGCAAAAUCAAUAAGGAAGCCAAAAUGGGAGCCACCGCAGGUGCGGGAUCCACUGGAGGAGCAUCCAAGUUUGAUAAGUUGACAGGAGAGGGGAUUAAAAGUCGCGGCGACGGCUCCUACCAGUGCCAGUUCUGCGAAAAGACAUUUCCGCGUCUCGGCUACUUGAAGCAUCACGUGCAGAGCCACGCCGAACACCUGCCCUUUAAAUGCGAAUACUGCUCCAAGCUCUUCAAGCACAAGCGUUCCCGAGAUCGCCACAAGAAACUGCACACCAACGAGCGGAACUACAAGUGUCCGCAUUGCGAGGCAGCCUUUUCCAGGAGUGACCACUUGAAGAUCCACAUGAAGACCCAUGACAUUCAGAAGCCCUUCCAGUGCAGCAUGUGCAACAGGGGCUACAAUACAGCUGCGGCACUAACCUCCCACAUGCAGAAGCACAAGAAGAAUGCUGCCAUCCUGGCCGCCGGUGGCAAUCCGAAUGCCCUCAACUACAGUCCAAGGUCCACGGGAUCUGCCUCGGCAUCGGUGUCCAGCAAUGGUAGUCUGCAGAAGAGGAGGUAUGCCUUGGCUCUGGCAUCAGACAGCAGUCCCAGUAGACUGGACUUCCCCAAGAGGUCGCGGAGUAAUCAUGUGGGAGGCACUACCACCACCGCCACACCCACUCCUCUGCUCAGAUGCAGCUACUGCCCCAAGGUCACGGAGUUCAGCAGCCUGGAGCAACUCAAUGCCCAUCUGCAGAGUGUCCACGAACAACCGCAGCAGGCUGUGAAGACGCCGGUGCAGGAGGGCGAAGGCUUCCAGCUGAGCUGUGAGUACUGCACCAUGAAGUUUGGCAAUAUCGCCGGACUUUUUCAGCACAUGCGGGGCACUCACAUGGACCGAUUGAGUAGUCCAAACUCCUACUACGAGCACUUCAAUCGCCUGGCCACCGCUGGCACUUUCAGUCCCCGCCUGGCCCUGGACUUGCCCAAAAUUAAGCCGGACUUGGGCAGUCCGGAGCGGGAGUCGCGACCCGCAGAGGACGAUCUGCCCACAGACUUGAGCAGCAACAAGCGGCGACCAUUGACACCCAAUCCCCAAGCCCAAGCCCAGGCUCCACUGGCUCCACCCACUGCCCCACCGGGCGUAUUCUUCUGCAAUCAGUGCAACGCUGGACUGCCGGACUUCGAGAGCUUUAGGAACCAUCUGAAGAGUCACAUUGCCGAGGGCAUGCAGCUGGUUUGUCCGCACUGCGGACUGAGUUUGCCGGAGCAAUCGGAGUUCGAGCGCCAUGUGGUGGGACACUUUCUCAUCACGGGCUCAGAGUUCAACUGCAGCUCGAGCUGCGGCAAGAGUUUCGCCAAAUCGGAGGAUCUGCAGCAACAUUUGCUGUCGGAGCACGUCCUAACGCUGCUGAAGUGCUCGUUGUGCUCGGAGCUCUGUGAAAGCCGCAUGGCCAUGCAGCUGCAUCUGGCCUGUGCCCACAGCCAGGAAACCAAGCUGCUCCGCUGCAGCGCCUGUCUGGAGCUCUUUCGCUCCGACGCCGAGUUCCAUGUGCAUGUGAAGACGCGUCACCAGUUGGGCGGCCAUCCCACGUUGGGCGCCACUUCCAAUGCACCCACUAAUCCGCUGCAGUGCAUGUUCUGCCGCGCAGUUUGCUCUUCCGAGCUGGAAAUGCACUUCCACUUGGCCGCACAUGCACGUCAGUUCAGAUGUCCUUCCUGCCCGGAGACCUUCCACGUGGAGUUUCUGCUGGAUCGCCACAUGCAGAGUCAGCAUGGUGGCGUCAAGGAGAAGGAGGCCAACUCGCCCAACAUGGGCAGUCUGUAUGUGAAUGCCUUGCUGCCUCCUUUGGCGGCAGCGGCGGCGGCAGCAGCGGCCACAAACAACAACAGCAGCAUCAUCGACUACAAUGUGGCAUUUAAGGGUUUGUUCGGAGGAGCUGCCGGCGCAGCCGGAUCAGGAGGCGGAGGCGGAGGAGGAGCACAAGCUGGUGGUGCACCGCCUUCGGCCAACAAAUUCUACAGCCCCCUUCAGGUGGACACCAAUGCACUGAAGGCCCAGACCUCGCCACAUCCGGCUUUGAUGUACGGCCUCAGUCAGCGGUAUCUGAUGGAGAUGUAUGCCGCCAAGUCCACAUCGCCCUCGGGGAAUGAGGGAGUUGUUAACUCGCAGCCACCGGCUCCUCAAGCAACCGCACCACCACCACCAAAUGCCAGCACUGCCACUUUCAGUUGCGGAAUGUGCGAGCGGCAGGACUUGCGCAGCGAGGCGGAACUGCACUCCCAUCGCAAAUUGGCCCACAAUCUGAAGACGGGCGUCAGCUUGAGAUGUGCCUACUGUGCCGGCAACUUUAAGUCUCGCGCCGAACUGGAGCAGCACAUGAAGAGCUGUCACAAUUCGACGGGCAAGCACAAGUGCUUGAUAUGCGAUGAGGUGUUUCCCUCGCCAGCCAUCCUGGCCGAGCACAAGCUGCAGCACUCCAAGGUGGGGCAGUCCGGAAAGUGCUCGCACUGCGGACAACCCCUGGAGGAUGUGGCCGCCUUUAGGGCGCAUCUAUCGGAGCAUGGAAGCGAUGGUGGCUCCCUGCCACUAGCCUGCAUUUGCUGCCGCCAGACGCUGCAUUCGGAAUUCGAGCUAAGUCUGCAUGCCAAAUUCCACACAAAGUCCGCCUCGAGUGGCGGCAGUCUGCAGGAGCCAGUGUGUGCUCUGUGCUUGGAGCCCCUACCAGACGCCACCGAGGGUCCGGCCAAACUCUGUGACAAGUGCUGUCGUAAGCAUAAUCUAAAUGGAAAACGUGGCAAGCACUCAGAGCCUUCGGCAUCUCUGCCAGCUCCGCCGUCGGCGUUCGUGGAGAACCGCUGCAAUCUGUGCAAGAUGAUCCUGCCACAUGCCCAGAAGCUGCAGGAACACCUGGUGGAGCACACCUUUGCCGGCACCGAGCAGCGUGGCUUCAACUGCUACAUCUGCUCGGCCGUCUUCACCGCACCCGGCGGACUGCUCAACCACAUGGGCGAACACGGAGCCCAUUCUCGACCCUACGACUGUAGUCUGUGCCCGGAGAAAUUCUACUUCCGAGCCGAGUUGGAGCACCACCAAAGGGGGCACGAGCUGAGACCACAGGCACGCCCGCCAGCAUCGAAAGUGGAGAUGCCCUCCAUUCGGAACAGUUCACCCGGCCAGAGUCCGGUGAGAAGUCCCACCAUUGUCAAACAAGAGCUAUACGAAACGGAUACAGUCGAGUCCGCCGCCGUGGAAGAUGAACCGGGGAAUCCUCCAGAUGACGAGGAGUACAUUGAAGUAGAACAAAUGCCGCAUGAGACACGUCCAAGUGAGAUUGGGUCGCAAUUGGAAAGGUCCACCAGCAGCGCCUGAAAUAUUAUAUUAUUGAUGGGACAAAAAUCUCUUAAGAUGUAAACAAGUAAUUCAGCACAGUCUUAAGGAUGGAAAGACUUUCUUAGUAGGCUGCCUAGUAAAUGUAUACUUUUUCCAAACUUGCUUUUCCCAGAAAUUUGUCCCAGAAACUUCGAAGUUUUAGCGUAUUUAUUUUUAUACAAAUUUUGGGCAUCUCCAAAACAUGUGUUUCGGCCCCUUAAACCAAUAGGUCUUGCCACUUAUAGCGUUGUAACGUAAAGCAAUUAAAACAGUUUAGCAUUAAUCAUAUACAUACGAUAAUUACAUACACGAUAAACCCAACUUUGCAUACUCCAUAAGUUAAGUAACCGUCAAAGCAUAAUCAAUAUUACACAUACGCCUAGUGUACUCGUAGAAACUCUUGACAAAAAGAAAGCAUUUGUGUGUGAUAGUUUUUCAAAGAUUCGACUCCGCUGUUUAUCCUCAAUUAUGAUUUACCUACUUUAGAUAUGUACGUUAUAGGGCAUUGCCUUUGAUUCAGUAUUUAUAUUGUAUUACACGAUUCAACAAUAACUAACCAUGUAACUAUAAAUGAUUAUACAACUACAUAUGAGUGUACGUCUUACAUAAGCACCAAAACAUUUUUAAUGUGUAGCGUAUAAAAAGCGAAAAACAAAAGGAAGACAACUGAAAAAUAUUUAGUAAAUAAAACAAACACAAGUUGAAGCCAA